CUGUCUACCGUGCAUCAUCAUCAUCAUCAUCAUCAUCAUAUCCGUCAUCCCAAUUUAUCAAUUAUCAUUCGUUCUGGAAAUCCCUGCAAGCAACCGCAAUGGCGGCGGCCGAUAUUCCUACAAAGGCCGCCAAUGUAUGCCUCACCUGCAAGAUUCGGAAGAAACGAUGUGACAAGUCGCUGCCGAGUUGUCGCUACUGUGCUGACCAUGAUAUACCCUGUCGCUAUCAGACCCCUACGCCUAUUCGAGUUCGACCGCACGCCGGUCCUGUGCUUGCUUCCUCUGCCAUUGGUUCCUUUGGUACCAGUGCCUCGACAAGAUCACCGCUCAAUAGCCUCGCGUCCGUCCCUCAGCUCCCCAACAAUGUUUUAACCCUGACCUGCACCUCUGAAUCCGCACUGUACAACCAGGCUCAGCGAGUCCUCGAAACCACGGGGCUGUAUCUCGAUGAAAUCAGCGUCCGCUACUUUCAAGGGAUCCACACUUUCGUUCCCCUCGUUUCCCGACGACUAUUCCACGCUCAGCUUCUCACAAUCGGAGCAAAGCGCCAAACAGAUUUUGCUUUGCUGGUACUCUGCAUGGGACUACUUACCUAUUCGGCAGAGUCGCCCGAUUCUCCUCCCGCUGUGCAGCGAGGCCAUCGCGUCGCAAAUCAAACGCUCUACGUCGCCACCAAGUCCCUCCUAGCGCAGGCCCAAGCCGUGUGUGCGCCUUCCCUCAGGCUUAUCCAGGCCGGCGUGCUGCUGGCGGUCUACGAGUAUGCCAGUGGGUGUCCAGAAAAGGCCUUUGUGACGAUCGGCAGCUGUGCCCGCAUGGCGUAUGCGGCCCGGCUCCGAUCAUCGCCCUCGCUGACUAGCACCGCCCCCCUACGGUCCGAUUGGAAUGCCGAGGAGGAGGAAGUCAAUACUUGGUGGGGUAUCCGUAUAUGUGAGCGCACAUUCUUAUGUGAGCUCCCCGUGAUAGAGCAACCGCUGGGAUCGAUGAUGCCCACCCGCGAGGAUCGUCUUCCCCUCGAAUCUAGCGUUCUAGACCUAGGAAGUACGACCACGGCGCUUGCACCGCACGUCAUGGUCCACGCUCUGAGCGCCCUGCAAGUGGGUGGCUUCGGCCGCGCCGCCCAAGCGGCCUGGCUGCUCGACAACGUGCUCGAAGGACUGCUGCUGACGAAUCCGGAACGCAAACACGCGCAUCUGACGGACUGCGACCGGUCGCUGCAGUCCUUCCUGGCGAUAGUGAUGCAACAAAUGCAACAGCAAGCGGACAACAACUACGGCGUCUUCUGUGUUGCAAUCGCGCUGACGAUCCGUACAUUAUUCCUUCUUCACUGGCACCUCCUCGAGCAACGUGCCGAAGACUCCCCCCCGGGGCUUUACAACCCUGCCAACAGUUCCCAUUCGGCCUUGGAUACGGUUACCAAGAUGGUCAUCGACAUCUGCGCAACCCACGAGAAUCUGUCGUUUCACCAGAUCGGCCAGCUUCCUCCGAGUUGUCUGUAUAUCAUCCGCGCGGCACUGAAACAUAUCAAUGACUGCCAAUCUGCAAGGCCCGAUCCACGGCUGUAUACUUCAUUGAAGCAAUUUGAGGCUCGGUGGGGUGCCUCGCCGGGUGGGGCCACUCGAUCUCCCGUCGUUCAAGAGUGAUCCCUCACUUAUCCGAUAGUUUCCUUGUUCCCAGCCGUCCAAGUAUUGACGGACAAAAUAUUCAUGGACAACAAAUUCCCUCGUCGAGCAAACUAUUCGAAUUGGGCAUGUCUGGGUUGGGAGUCUAUAGGCCAUUACUGGUGUAUUCCUUUACCAAAGAUAUAGUGUGUAAUACCUACCAACCAGGCUGUACUAAAGUUCAAAGGC